GUAAGCAGCGGAGAGCGAGCAUGUGUGCGCGUCAGUGUGUGUGAGUGAGGAAUCCCUCCCCCAGCCCCCAACCAGCCGGUGCCUGCAACAUGAGGUCAGCGAGCUAGCGGGGAAGAGAGGAGAGAGCGAGGAGGAGAGGAAGAGGGAGCCACGGAGGAGAGGAGCAGGAGGGAGAAUGUACCGAGAGAAGAUCUGAGGAGGAGGAAUAUGCAGAGCAGAGGAAGCGCAGCCCACCGAUGGCAGCCAUGCUGAGUCCAAAGAUCAGACAGACCAGGAGAGCCAGGUCCAAGAGCAUGGUGAUGGGAGAGGCAUCACGUGGCUCAUGCCGGCCCACCUCACCCAGUCUCCAAGAGGGGGUGCUAAAGGCCGGCUGGCUAAAGAAGCAAAGGAGCAUCAUGAAGAACUGGCAGCUGCGCUGGUUUGUGCUGCGUGCUGACCAUCUCUACUUCUACAAGGAUGAGGAGGAGACUAAACCACAGGGCUGCAUCUCACUGAAGGGCAGCCAAGUGAAUGAACUGACAGCCAACCCAGAAGAACCCGGACGACACCUUUUUGAGAUCGUGCCAGCUGGUGAGAAAGACAAGGCUGCCAUGAGCCAUGAGUCCUUUCUACUCAUGGCCAACUCCCAGAGCGAUAUGGACGACUGGGUGAAGGCCAUCAGACGGGUCAUAUGGGCUCCAUUUGGAGGAGGCAUAUUUGGCCAGCGUCUGGAAGACACCGUUCAGUACGAAAGGAAGUUUGGUCCUCGUCUCGCCCCUCUAUUAGUUGAGCAGUGUGUGGAUUUCAUCAGGGAACAGGGGCUUGAUGAAGAAGGUCUGUUUCGGAUGCCUGGACAAGCCAACCUCGUGAAGGAGCUUCAGGAGGCCUUUGACUGUGGUGACAAACCUCAGUUUGACAGUAACACUGAUGUCCACACUGUGGCUUCCCUGCUGAAGCUGUAUCUCAGGGAGCUGCCCGAGCCCGUCGUUCCCUUCUGCAAGUAUGAGGACUUCCUCACUUGUGCUCAAAUCCUGGCCAAAGAUGAGGAGGAGGGAAUACAAGAAUUAGGGAAGCUAGUGACGACUCUUCCAGCUGCCAAUUACAACCUUCUGAAAUAUAUAUGCAAAUUUCUGGAUGAGGUGCAGUCUCACUCAAAUGAAAACAAAAUGGGUGUGCAGAACUUGGCCACCGUGUUUGGACCAAAUAUCCUCCGUCCUAAAAUGGAGGAUCCAGUAGCUAUAAUGGAAGGCACCUCUCUUGUUCAGCAUCUCAUGACGCUCCUCAUCAGCAAGCAUGAUCGUCUGUACACUGAAAAGGACUUAGAAACAUCACAGAACCAGACGGAGGUCAAGGACCAAAGCCAGCAACUUCAGCAGUCCAACCUGGUGGACUGGAUCUCUGAGGAGGAUCUCCACACCUGCCCACCCGCAGCCAAGAAUGACCCGACCAGCAGCAGUGCCUCGUCUGUGGACGCCGCUUCAGCCUCCAAGCCGGUGCCUCAGGGAAAGGGAGAGACGGCAAUCAGCCCUAGUAAGCAGGCCAAAACCAUUCCAGGGUGGAAGUACACCUUCAAAGGCUCCUCUCCGCGCCCACAGUCCGCCAAAGCCGGCGGCUCGGCGGUGGACGUGUCCACGGCCUCCAGCGGGAACUGGCUCAUGAACGGGUUGUCCUCGCUGAGGGGACACAGACGCACCUCGUCCGGUGAACGCUCCAGGGAUUCGGGCUCCUCUCAGAGACUGUCUACCUACGACAACGUCACGUCUUCGUCGAGUCUGGGCAGCGUGCUGAGUAUGGACAGCACGCCGUGGUCCACCUCAUCCUGUGAGAUCUCCGUCCCAGACUCUGGAAGCGAGCCGCUGGGGACGGAAGACGGGCCGCAGACGGAGGCGAGCGCUCAGGAGGAACGGAGCGAGGAGGAUGGGAAGUCCAGCGAACAAGAGGACGCCGACAGCGCUGUGGAGAAACGUGCGAGCGGCUUGUUUUGCAGUGAUAAUGGGAACGUCGCACCGGUCAUUAGAGUCGUGGACGAAGACGGAGAUGCAGAUGAAAGUUCCUCAUCUCUGGUCAACGUCGUGGCAGAGCUGAAGGAAGAGCUGAAGAAGCAGAAACAGACUUACGAAUCUAGGAUUAAAAAGCAAGAAGAGUCGAGCGCAGCCCUGUGCGUGCAGAUGGAGAGACUUGAGCAAGAGAUGGAACAGGAGAGAAAAAGAAAACGAAUGCUUGAGAUCAAACUGAGAAACUCUGAACGGGCCCGCGAGGACGCAGAAAACCGCAAUCGCCUGCUUGAGAAGGAAAUGGAAGACUUCUUCUCCACGCUAGGGGAUCUGGCUCUUGGAAGCCGUACCAGUGACAUUUAAUGCAAAAAAUAAACACACCCAAAGUCACGAGGACCAGAGCACUCAGGCGUCUCCAUAAAUCACGUGGACAAUUUUAUGUCUGCAAAAUGUUUGUGUUUAUCAGACCUAGUUACAGUUCUCAUCAUUUCAGCAGUGUAGCAUUUACUAAAGCUAUUUUACUUCCAUCAGCUGACAAAGAAACAAAUGGAACGUCUGAAUCAGGUCCUGGAAUUAGUUUAUAUGAAAUCAUGCAUCGCUGGCAUGCUAAUAGUGACUGUUAGAGCAGAGUCAUUGGUUUUGGCACAUUAAAGGAACAGUUCACCCAAAAAUAAAAAAUUGCAUAAAAUGUGGUCAUCUUCAGGCCAUCCAAGAUUAGGAUGAGUUUGUUUCUUCAUCAGAUCUGGAGAAAUGAGUCAUUCCAUCAUUUGCUCACCAAUGGAUCCUCUGCAGUGAAUGGGUGCCGUCAGAAUGAGAGUCCAAACAGCUGAUGAAAACAUUAGAAUAAUCCACGAGAGACUGUCAAAGUGACCAUCAGGGCCACUUUCAUUUAAAAAAAAGUGUUUGAAAUGUGACUUUUGUCAAUUGAUCUGAUUUUUCUAUUUAUUUGACACUGUUUAAGUGUAUAGAACGUCUAGAAAUGCUCUGUGGAUGUUUCUUAAAGUGAAUGGUCAUAGAUUUUGUAGACUCGCCUCAUUUUCUGAACUGCAUAGUAGGUUAUAUUAUAUAUUAGCAUGAUGGCCGUAGCCUAAUGGUUCAUUUCCCAGGCUGCUAAUAUGAAUGUUUCAGGUUCAAUCUCAAGAGGAAGAGACCCAGAAACUGGACAUCACCACUGUGCCCUCAAGCAAAGUGCUUUUUGCUGCUCAACGUGUUUCCGUUAUCAAUCCGUGUGGAUAUUAUUUGGAUUUUACUUGGACGACAGCUUUUACAAAAGACUUUAAUGCAUAUUUAGAGUAUGUGAAGAUGUUAUACAUCAUGAUUAGACUAUUAUACUGCGGUCAUACAUGACGAUUAGACUUCUGUGCUGUGCUGAGAUGUUACCAAGUGUCACUGUGGUGGUAUGUAAUUAUUCACAAAGGACUAAAUUAAAUGAACGGAAAAGAAUGUACCUCUUGUGAAAGCGACUCCUCGAUGGUUUGUCGUCUUUUAUACAGCAGUAAGUUCCGGUCCUCGAAUUUGAUCGGCAGAGCCAAGAAGGCUGAUAAACCGGA